GUAAUACAAUAUUUGACCGAUAGAUGAUGCCAGCGUGCAUCGGUCUUGUACUUUGCAGGUGAUUUGUGUACUGUGUUUGGUCGUUUUUUGUGAGUACAUAAGUGUGUUAGGUAAAUUAUAUUGAACAUAUUUUAUAUAAAAGAUGAUGAGUGCAGACAUCUGCCUGCAGCGAGGAGCGUCCUGGUCCACACCUCUGUGCUGGCAUUAGUCGUCCGGGCGGCAGUCGGGGCCAUGGUGGUGUGACGUGCGGACGGAAAAAGCCUGAGCCAGAAUGCAGAACGGCACAUCGUCUGGGGCGAGCACGGCUGCGCAGGCAGCUGGCGAAGAAGCACGCACGAACCUGAUAGUGAACUACCUGCCACAGACAAUGACUCAGGAGGACAUGCGUUCCCUCUUCUCGUCCAUCGGCGAGGUCGCCAGCUGCAAGCUGGUGCGCGACAAGCUCACAGGUCAGAGUCUGGGUUAUGGGUUCGUCAACUACUCGCGGUCGGAAGAUGCAGAGAAGGCAAUCAGCUCGCUGAACGGCCUCCGACUGCAGAACAAGACGAUCAAGGUGUCGCAUGCGCGUCCCAGCAGUGAGGCCAUCAAGGGUGCCAACCUGUACGUCAGCGGCCUGCCCAAGACCAUGACACAGCAGGAGUUGGAGGACCUGUUCAGUCCUUUCGGCAAGAUCAUCACCCCCAGGAUCCUGUGUGACAACUUCACAGGGCUGUCGAAGGGCGUGGGCUUCAUCAGGUUCGACCAGCGCAGAGAGGCGGAGCGCGCCAUAGAGGGACUGAACGGCACUGUGCCGGCUGGCUGGACGGAACCCAUCACCGUGAAGCUCGCCAAUAACCCCAGCAGCAGCAAGGUGGCAGCACCGCUCGCCGCCUACAUGGUUCCCCCGGCGCGCAGGAUGGGGCCCAUCCACCACCCCGCCGGCCGCCCCAGCCCUGGCAAGACAAUGCUAGCCAUUAACAAAGGCUUACAGAGGUACUCGCCUCUGGCGGAGGAUCUGGUGCCGGGUCCCGCCGUGCCGGCCGGAGGCUCCGGCUGGUGCAUCUUCGUGUACAACCUGGCCCCCGAGACGGAGGACAGCGUGCUGUGGCAGCUGUUUGGGCCGUUCGGGGCCGUGCAGAGCGUGAAGGUGGUGCGCGACCUGCAGACCAGCAAGUGCAAGGGCUUCGGCUUCGUCACCAUGACCAACUACGACGAGGCGGUGGUGGCAGUGCUGUCCCUCAACGGCUACAGUCUCGCCAAUCGCGUGCUGCAGGUCUCCUUCAAGACCAACAAAAGCAAGGCCUCAUGAGCCGCUUCUCAAACAGCUGCAUUUUCCUUUUCAUUUUCAUUCAUUCUUUUAGCCUUUUUAUUUGAUCAUUUUAUGUUCCAGUGUUUAACUUCUUUUGGAAUUAUUUUUGUCUGGUAAAGUGUGCAGUGUUGGUAGUUUGUAAACGUUUUGUGUGGUAUUUGUUGUUCUACUUUGUGUUGUCAUUUAGUCCGAGUUUGUGUGUUUGAUUAUUGUCGGUUGGUGUUGGUGGGUUAAAGCACCGUGUUCACGAGCGCGGGCGACAGCUGUCCCAUUGCUAUCGCGUGGACCAUCUGUCUGCGCCGUGGUCUCGCUAUGUUCACGUUGUGUCUUGAAGCCACGCGUAAGUUCAUACCUAGGACUGGGUUGUCUUGCCCUUUUUAAACUACACUCCAACGCUAUGUACUCAAUCAGAACGCCUAAAUGUUAAAUACUAGAAGUUAGUGAGUGUCUGUUUUUGAAUUCUAGUCAAUUUCUGCUAGUUUGUUAAGAAUGUCUCGAGCUGAGCUCGGGUUUUCUUUGGCAUUUGUAUGAAUUACUGUGUUGUCAGUAUUCAUCGUCCAUUUAUACUUGCAAGAAAGUAUAAUUGCUUGCAGUAAUGCAGCAUUGAAGUAUUUUUAACAGUUUUUAUGUAAAGCUCUACUGAGUGACGUGUAGAUUGCUUGUACUAUGAACACAUAACUGUGCAGGAACUGGAGUGGACAUUGUUAAUAGGUUACGUUGUUAUGGUAACAGAGCGAGACGUACAUGAUUGCGGGUUAGGAGGUAAGAUAUCACGCUGAGUUGUGUUGUUCCCCCAGCAGGUGUCCCUGCCACAUCACACACCUCGUGCACACAUCGUUUACUGAAACAGUGUUUGACUGAUCAUCUCUAACUCAUUGAUGCAUUCACAGUUUGAUGGAACUUUAGGAAACAUAAUCGUAACAUAAAAUGUGGUGGUGAUGUUUCACUGAUAAGAUAACAUGAAAUUUUUUUUGUUCAGAAUUCAGCUUCAUAAUUUUACACAUUGUGUUUUUACAUCCAUCCCAAAGUUUUAUUAUGAUUUUUUUUUAUUGUUUAAUUUAAGACACAUUUAAACAGCAUUAAUAUCUAGUGAGUCACUUGACAACAAAUAAUGUCAAAAUAAUAUUUGGAAAUCUUGUGAAUCAUUUCUUACAUUUAGGUCAGCAACACUAGUGGAUGUAAGAACAUUUUCAAUAUCAGAGCUACGUAAGUUCCUGGCAAUGUAGUCGUUGCGAUCAUUAUUAAAAAUAAACAUAAAACUGAGGCUUAAUGUUUUAGCUUAUUCUCAAAAGGAACAAUUAAAGCUUAUGUGAGAAUUUUACAGCUUUUAAAGUGACAGGCUUAUUGCAUAUUCUCCAAUAACCUGAGAAAUUGGCAUGGUAUGAAAUAAAUGUGGGAUUUUGGUCUUGUGAGACAUUUAUCAGGCUUUUAACUAUUCACCCAAUUUUAUCAAAUACUUUGAAAUUAUUUUUUUUCUUUGAAGUUAUUUAUUUUAGUCAUUUAAAAAUAUUAUGACUAUAAACAUAUUUUGUGUAGUUAGUCGACCAGCUACUAGUGUGUUAUCUAAGAACCAAUUAAACAGUCUUCAGUAUCUUCAAAAAUUAUGCAUUGCAUACAAAAGUUUAUUGAGAAUUUUAACCAUUUGCCAUAAAUCACAGUUAACUCAUCUAUUUAAAUAACUUAAUCAAAUUGAACUUUUUAUUUUUGAUAAAAUUGUGUGGUUAUUGGUUGAAACAGUCUUACUUAGCCUUAAAAUAACAUAAAUUCCUGCAUCAUCCAAACUAUUCUUUGUCCAAAAUAACUUAUCCAGGAUGGCCACCUCACCGAAAAUCGGGAAGCCUUGAAUUAGGCAUGCAUUUUUUGGUGCUGGGAAAUCAGUGACAAACCCUUGGAAUUUUGAAAACCAUCAGGCAAGAUGUUUCUCCAGCGGCUCUGAUACACGAAGUGUCUGAUACGACAACAAAGGGUUUCAGAGGAUUGGUGGGAAGGGCAACAAGCCUGCCGCUCGGUUUCUUAUUUUCUCUCUUUUUUUUUUACUUUCAUUUCUGAAGAUUUUCACCAGCUGUAAUAAUAAACAAGCACCAAUUGAAAAAUUAUUAAAUUAUUUGACAUGUGAAAGACUAGACGAUCUCAGUUGCAGAAUGAAACCAAAAGAAAAUGAUGAACAUGGAAAUACUAGACUAGUGAAUGGUGCCAUGUUUCUUUAGUCUCGUUAAGUGUCUGUCUUUAUACUAAUUAAGGUUUUUUUGGAGUACCCUGAUAAAACAAUGUAGAUCUGUUUAUAAAGCUAAUACCCUUUCAAUACAUUUUUGAUAUAUUGGUUUUACAGCAGGUAUUAAAGUGAUAUUCUGGUAGCAAAUAGUUAAAAAAAAAUAGGAUGGGCAUGUUUGUAACUUCAUUCAUAACAUGCCGAUUACUGUUAUUAGGAAAGGCUCUGUUUGAAGAAUUUAAAGCUUAGAACAUGUUUUAUAGUGCUCAUCAACAAAAAUACGGGGGAGAAUUUUAAUGGUGUAUAUUAAUAUUAUUGUCAUGUGUAAACUGUUUUUAUCCCUGGCAGCUGUUAGUUGUUCCCUUAUGCUUUGCUGUAUUAUUUAUACUAAUGCUGUCUUUUACUAAAAAAAAUUUCUGUGCAUUGCUACUCUAAUAGUUCGAACAACAUACAAGAGAUAAUAAAUUAUGUUGAGUAAAAUAAAUUUUAUCACAGGAAUAUAGUCUUACAGAAAUAUGUUAAUUUAUUUUUAUUUCACGUAAUAUUAAAUAUUAUGUGAAGAAAUAAUUUAAUAUAAAAGGAUUCAUAUUAAAUGGUUGAUAUUUAAUAUUGAAUGAUUUUUUGGUUUUAUUAGGUUUAAUGCAACCAACAUAGUGAGCUAUGUUAUUCAUGUAGUAACAUUUAAUGACAUUUCUUAGAAAAACCUUAAAAAAAUUCUGGAAUAAAGCUGUUUCAAAAGAUUGGUCGCCCUGUUAUCAAAUAAAUUUUUGUUUUAAAUCUCUUCAAGAACAGAAAUUAGUAAGAACUUAAUAAAUUAUUAAGAAAAAUAAUGUAACAAAAAUGGUUAACCUUGAUCUUGAUUCAUAGUAUAAUAGAAUGUUUGGUAGCCAGUUUUACUAACUGGUAAAACCAUAUUCAUGUAUUCAUCUCAAGGGAAAGGAGGACAUUGACGAAACAUUGCAAGUGCUAGUUGCUGUGAAAGCAGUUGUGUUGUGGCUGGGGAGGGGCUGGUUCCUCGGACGAAUCCUGUUAUUCCUGUGUAGUCAGUCCCGUGGGAGUGUCUCCUGCUGCUACACAGGAAAUCGACGACAGUUGCCGAGAAUGUCGUGAUGUUUGCCACGGCGAAGGCUCCGUGCAGCAUCUUCAACCCUUGUAUCGUAGACUGGUUUCACAGCCCAACAGAAUAUUAAAUAUGGCAGUUGACAGCUGCUCAACUACAGAAAAUCUGUUUUAGGAAUGAAGCCUCACAUCUGCAUAUUACUUUUAUUUUUUAAGUAAUGAAUGUAUUAUUCAGUUUCUUAUGCAUUUUAAAUACACAGUUCUGUUAUUUCUGAGCGAAGGAUGUAAUUGCUUGUGCAAGAUUUGUUUUUUGGAUCAGGCUUCACAUAUAUUGGAAUGCUGAUGACGUGUUAUGUGCAUUUUUAAUGCACACAAAGCAAGUAGUUGGUAUUAGGCUCAGCAUAGCAGUCGGUUACAGUGCUUAGUGAGUGGCCAGGUAGACCAGUCAUAGAUAGUGGAGUUGGGCUCUAGUUCCCGCCCGUGUGUGGUGUGCACUAUAGCGUGAGGUAGGUGAUGCUGUGACUGGCUGUGGCUCACACUUGCUCUAAGUUUGUGGUUGUGUUGCUGCUGUACCGAAACACAACUGAGCUUUGAUCGUUCAGCACUGAGACUUGUAUAGCAGUGUGCCUUAAAUAAGUGGCACUCAGAUUCAAGUAGUUAAGUUUAAUUUUCUGAUAACACUGAUUAUUGUGCUAGAGUUUCUACAUGUUUGUUUUUAAAGGAUUCCGUGUUUUGUUUAUCUAGAGGGUUUUUGCCUAUUGCAGUUCAGGUAAAGUUAAAACAAUUAAUUUGAUAAAUUUUUUCCAUGGAUUUGAAUAUAUUUCUUUCCUGUGAUAUUUGCUAGUGUGCUGACAGGAUGUGUUGCACAUGGUACCACUCCUCCGCUACCAGUUGCGAGUUUAUGACUGUGUUUCUCUGUCGAUACCACUGUUACCUUGGGGCAGUGCCGGUGUGAUGUUCCGUACAUUGGCACUUGUAGUUGGGGAAAGUGUCGUAUUUUAGUUGCUGUACACUUGGUUCAUUAUGUAACUAACGAAAGAAUGAAGUAAAUGUUUGAAUCAUGUCGUAGUUCUGUUGGACAGAACAUCUCAGUUUGAGUUUGGUCCGCGGUACUUGGGACCGAUGAUGACUGUUGCGUGUCGGCUGCGCACACAGCAGCGGAGUGGUUCACACCCGUGCGUUCAUCCACACGCUCCUUCCUCGUAGUCCAUUCUGCGGGCAGUAAGUGCCUCCGUUUGGAAAACAGCGAUGUCAUUGCAAUUCAGCCAUGAUGUUGUGUUGGAAGGUAAGCCUUCAUUCUCUCAGACGUGCAUCUUGCUGGGCAUGGCGACUGUUUAUAAAUUUUUUAUUUUAAUAACUACCUAAAACCACCAUAAUUAAAAUUGAAAUUACUACAUGUUGUUAAAUUUUUAAUUAUUUAGCUACAUUUUAGUUUUUACUGUGUGGUGUUGCAAAAUCAAAGCAUCCUGUUUAACCUGUUGUGAAAUUGUUCCUGGAUUAUUUGGGCUGAAACGUCGUUUUAUGUUUUAUAAAACUUUGUCAUUGGUUGGUUUGUGAUUUAGGAUGUAGAGCCUAUUUAUUCUAUACUACAAACUUCAAAUAAUGUAUGUAACUAAUUUUAUAGUUGUUCUAGGACACAUAACUAUCGCAUUGAAACCCUGUAACUUCUGAACCUGUGGAUGCCAAAGAAAACUAAUACUACUGAAAAAUAGUUUUGGGCUUCGAUUGAGGAUUACUUAGCAAUCAAGAAAAUUUCUUAAACAGAAAUUUUACUGUAACAGAACUCUACUUUAAUAUUUAGAUUAUUGUUUAAACUAUACAAUAUUGUGUAGUGGUUUGUACAUGAUUCUGACUUUGAAAACUGAGAUAUUUUUAUCUUGGGUCUUAAAGCAUGCUGCUGAGCCAGAAGUCUGCGCUUGUAGUCGCAUGGUGAAUAUGUUCUUGUGACAGCAGGUGGGACGACCUUGUAGACGCACUCACCGGUGCAAGGCAUGAUGCCACCCAACAUUUCCUACGUAUGAUUACAAUACAAAUUACACAUUGUCAACGUACUGUUCUCUUUGAAUUAAGGUACUAAAAAAUUAUUAUUUUGUACCCUUCAUUGUCCAACGAAAUACAACAUACCUACCUACUUAAUACAACUACAAAUAUUGUGGAAGUGACAGUGUUGGCAGUGGUAAAUGUAUGAAGUAUUUUCACUGAUGGUGGGUACAUGCCGAGUUGUGUAUUUCUUCUGUCAGUAAGAUGCGAGUUAUGGCCGUGGAUGUGAGAGUGCGUUUUAAGCAAUGAGUGUGGUGGUUGUAGGGAAAGAGGUCUCCCUAGUGUUGUGACGAGAGCUGUUAGCUGCGUGUGUGUGAUGUUGCAUGACAACUGGCAUUACAUGGUGUUGCUGCGAGAAAGGUAGUUUGUUUCUACCCUCACUGCUAAUAAAUGAUCUUGACUUGUAGUCUGUGGUUCCAUAUGUACUGUCUCUUGGUUGUCCUGGCACCUAGUGCCUCUGUGUAUAGAUGUCUGUUUGUUUUGAUUGUUCAGGUUACUGUUUCAACAAUUUGCACUUCAAAAAUGUCCUAUUUCUUGCAGCAAAGGUAAUUCUUUGUGUGGUUUUCCAUACCCUUGUAGUACAAGAUUGAGGAAUUUCCCAGAAUAAUGCUUUUCAACUAUGAAUAUUUCACGGUCAUGAUGCCAGCCAACAUUUUCUACGUAUGAUUUCAAUACAAUUUACACAUUGUCAACAUACUAUUCUCUUUUAAUUAAGCUAUUAAAAACUCAUUAUUUUAUACUUUAUUGUUUUUAGUGAUAAAAUUACUUUAUGAAUUAGAGAAAUACAAAUAUUGUUUGAAGUUUUUACAGGAAAAUACAAGUGGAAGUUUUCAUAGAAAAACUCUUUCAGAUUUUGACAUUUUUUCUCAGUCCCAUGAAAGUCACUCAGCUGAAACUUUACUGUAUUACAGAGGUGCAGUUUGCUGUAUCAAAUGCUUAUUGUAUUGUUUAAUUAUUGUAUCAGCUCAAAGUGGCAAACCUUCCAACCACAAACUAUUUUAUGCAGAGUAAAGCUUCUUAUCCUUGCCGGAUAUAACUUGUCUUGAAGCCUUGUCGACUUCACAUUCCAUCAGCACUUGGUGGGCAUUGUGGCCAGACCCAGCCACUCAUUGCGGGCUGCUCCGUGCUGGGCUCUCCACAAUACAGAGGCCGAUAUGCCAAUAUGUGCAGAGGUGUCCUGAUCCAAUCAAUGAUCGGUCUCUUGUGGAAGAUCAAAGAAAUGUUAUUGACUUAAAGUUAUUGUAUCGUGUGAGUGGGCUUCUUUUCACAUAUGGUAUUGAAUAAUACAAAAAUAUUUAAAAAUAGUAAUUUAUAAAGUUAGUUUGCUGUCUGCAUUGUUUGUGAUUGAUGCUUUUAUAAUACAUAAUUGCUAUAUGUUGUGUUGUGUAGAGUUUGUGUCUCAGUGUUGUUAAGACUGAAUGUUUCAGAUCUGUGUAUUGCUGUUCCGAUUGGCACUUGCCAGUAUUUAUUUAGUACUGUUUCCAUUUAGUAGACCAACCAACAAGGUGGCAAUUAGCUUAUGGUAGGCCGUAUUGUUGUGUGUUCAAUAGAAAUCAUUUCAUAGCAAUGUGAAUAACAAAAGAAUAAAGAGAGCUAUUGAUA